AGUCGACGCGCGCAUGCGCUCAGUGGUUGACGUGCGUUGUGUUUGACAGGUUUACGUUCAGUCGGUGCUUGACGUUUCGUAACAUUUGUGUAACAGUUUUUCAGUGAAUUUUCCCAUUUCUCAUCUAUUUUGAGCAAUAAAUCAUCAUAAAAUGGAGAGAAACGAACGUAAAGCUAACUCUCGUGCCCAUUCGAUUACUAUCGACCGUGAUUCCAAGUUUAUAUUGCGAAAAGUUCUUAUGGAUUUCGCGAUACUUUUUAUCGUUGGCUUCCUAAUCCUAGUGUAUUACCUGUGGGGGACGCCGUACAAGCGCGGCUUCUUCUGUGACGAUGAGUCUCUCAAGCACCCCUACAAAGAAUCCACUGUCACCAACUUGAUGCUCUACAUCAUUGGCAUCGGCCUCCCUGUAUUCACGAUGUGCCUCACCGAAUGGAUCAGGUUACGAGACUACAAGGGAGGCCGCUCAAGAGUCAUCCUCGGCUACGAAAUGCCAGCAUGGGUGUGGGAAGUGUACAGAGUCGUGGGAGUGUUCCUCUUCGGCUGCGCGUGCCAACAGCUCACCACAGACGUCGCCAAAUACACUAUAGGGAGGCUGAGGCCGCAUUUCUUUGAUGUAUGUAAACCAGACAUAGACUGCACAUUGCCGGACAACAAGUGGCGGUACAUCGAAGAGUUCAAAUGCCUCGGUACCGAAGACAAGCUGAUGAAGGAGAUGCGGCUCUCGUUCCCCAGUGGCCACUCUUCCUUCUCAGCGUACACUAUGUUCUAUUUUGCGUUCUACCUUCAAAAGCGUUUUACUUGGCGCGGGUCGAAGCUCCUCCGUCACGGUAUACAAUUCGUGUUGAUCAUGAUGGCCUGGUACACCGUGAUGACUCGAGUCUCCGACUACAAGCACCACUGGAGCGAUGUUCUCACCGGCUUCAGUAUCGGACUGCUCUACGCUAUUAUCAUUUUCUCAUUUGUCUCCGGCCUCCGCAAAACGCCGCGACGGCAGUCAGCCAACCACCACGACAACGAGCUAACCACCAACGGCAACACCCGCUCACCCACCGGAUGGAACGUCUGACACUCCCCUGAGUCUCAUAGUUCCUUGAGCGAAGAGGAACCAUGACCCCCGAACGUGUCGUGGAUCUCCCAUGAGUAUAUGGACCUUUGAAGUCUGAACUCUUUUAACGUAAGCAGUUUUCAGUUUAUAUGAAUGACUGUGUCGAGUUCGAUGAUCGAACUCUUUGAAUUUAUGAGAUCCUGGUAUUUGGUUGGUGAAAUUGGGUGAUGCAGUGUAAGAUAGAAAAAUUCACAAAAAUGACUAUUUACUACUUAUUAAAUACAGUAAAGGGUGUCUUUACGCAGCGCUUAAUAUUGUUAAGUGAUUUUUAGGAUCAAAAUAAAAAUAUUUGGCUAGUCGCAAUCGCGUUUGUCUUCGAUUUAGAUUGCAUCUAUAUAAUUUGCGAAUGCGAAGCGUAACUAAUCCCCAAAUAGAAAAUAUGGAAACGUAAGAAACUGCAUACAUUUUCUCUGUUAAAUUGUUGUUGAAAAAUGAAACACAAUUUUGUUUUUAGAUGUAGUUAAUAAAUGUAGGACAUUAUUGUUUCUUUAGUUAUAUAUGGUUCUCUAAAAUCAUAGAGUAUUUUGUAUUUAUACGUAUCACAUAUUAUUUAGAGGGACUGGUGCAUUAUUACGUAAAUAUAAUAAAUAAUUAUUGUAGGUUUUCGCUUAUUCCGUUUAUUCACCCUAAAACAGCCACCCUAGGGUGUAAACUCGUAAACGAGUAUCUAUCUAUUCGCCCCGGAUUAAAAAUUGAUAUACAAAUCCCGUUAUCGGGUAGAUAGACAGGCACAUAUUUCCGAGUAUGCACCCUAGAGUGGUUAUUUUAGGGUGGCUAAACGGAAUAAAUCGUUAAUUUACCGCAUUCGAUCGUUAAAAUUUAAAAGCACUUUCAGACCUAAUAUCUGAAACAGUAAUGAAGGGCAUGUCGGUAGAUAGCUGCAUAUUUAUUCGAGUUAGAAAAUACUAAAGUGUCAAUUAAGAAAAAUAGCUAUAAACUGUAUUAUUUAGAUCUAGGAAUAAAAAGUUAUCAUUUUCGUAAACGAAUAAAAACUUUUCCUGUAAAAAAAAGAAAAUAUUAGAGUGUGUAGUUAAAAAUAUUGAUUGGAAUCAUGUAUAAAAAAGAUUUAAAUAUGAUAUCGUUAUUGAUAAAUAUACGUUAUGCAAUAUAAUAUUAUUUAGAUAUUAUGGACAAUACUGUUGUAUAAAAUCUCUUAACUAAAUUGAUUAGCCUAGUGCUAUUCGUUUCUGCAGGAAGCAUAAUGAAAGGGAUAGCAUUUUCAUUUAGUUUCGAGAAUUUUUACCGGCCAAUCUCCUUUGUGUUCUCUCCUCCUUCAAAAUACAUGAGAUUAGCGAAGUGCAUUAUGCUAAUUUAUCACUGGGAAAAGCCAAUAAGUGUAUCUACAACCGAAUUAACUACAAUUUUACGCACAACAGACGGAAACGUUUAAGUGUGAAAACCAGCCCAGAGACUAGAAGAACCACAAUUUUGUGUAGCAUGUUAAUGUAAAACUGGUGUCUAUGUAUAGUUCGAGUCCUUUCAUGUAGGUAACUGUAAAAUGUUCACGGUACAGCGACACCCAUUAUAAUGAUCACACUCUGAAUGUUAAGUGGGUAUGUAUAGCGAAGUAUGAAUACCGUUUCCUGGUUUGUGUGUGAGUUCGGUAAGUUUGAGUUUUUGAGAUCGGUGCUGGGCCGAUCUCAAAAACUCAAACUCAAAAAGCAUUUAUUCAAAAACAAUCCUGUUCCUCUGGUACUGCAAAGGUACCAGAAUGUACAAAUAGGCGGCGGUCAUCACUUAACAUCAAGUGACCCGCCUGCUCGUCUGCUCGCUAUUUUUAUUUAAAAAAAGUUGGUACCAUUGUACACUUUUUGAUUGCCAACUUUUUUUGUAAAUAUUUUAUAGCCAGUCUUCGGAAUGACGUAAGGUUUCUAAUCACACCCCAUUAUAUCCAAAUCUGUUCAGCCAUUUAGAAAUUUUCGUGGAAUAAAAAAACUGACAUACCCUGAAAACAUUACACUCCUUUUUUUGAGUAACGGAGUAAUGAUCAGGCGAUAGUAACCAAUAUGCGUCAAGCCUAAUAAAGUGUACGUCUGAAUUUGAUAUAAGUGCGCGGGUCCCAACUUUCUAUACAGAAGCACAAUCGAUCUGCGUGGUCGAUAACAUAUUUCCACAGAUUAUUAUUUUAACCUCCUGUCUUCCAUACAGAUGCACAUUUCAUAUUAAGUCAAUUUGUCGGCUUGUCACGUUUAAAUUGCUUGUAUGACAGUAUUAUGAGAUCUGUUGCAACUUUACUACGCAUAGAGAUUUAUUUACGUACACGCGGUUUAAGCACUUAUAGCAUUUAUUUUAAAGCCUAUAAUUCAAUGAAUGCAACAUGAAUUUAAUUGCACAUAGCAUGUGCACUAUUGUGCAGUGUAAAAUGAAAUGUAAAGGCAUUUAUACACGAGGUGCAUUUUUAUUAAAUGACACCUUACAUCAUCACAUCAGUUAAAAGUAAAUACUAAGAAAAUACGUGUUAAGUUUUACAGAUAUUUUGGCUAUAUAAAACGUGUAAGUUGAGGGUGAUUUUCAAACUCCAAAUAAACUGUAACUGACGCGGCGUUUUGACAGAUUUCAAAUACAAAAACUGUCAAACUUAAUCCUCAGUCAAAGAUAAUAUAAAACACCAGAAGGCAAAGCGCACUACAAUCGUGUUUAAAAAAAAGUACAAAAUACGCUUGUCUGUGUGACACAGGCUACAUAGAUAUGCCUUUUGACACUUACUCGUAUCACAAGUGUUUCAAAAAAUGGCGGCCCUCAGUUAAACGUUGUUUGGAAAUUGAAAUCGGCCCUAAAGCUGCUAACUUUAUUGGUUUAGAAAAUAUUAAGAUAUAAUAUUAUUAUAAGGUGUUGGCGUAAUAAUAAUAUAAAUUAUACUAGCUAAGCACAUAAAAAAGUAUUCGUUCUAAAUCCUUUCUACUUACAGUAUGACUACUCUAAUUUAAAUGUAUAUUUACUUAUUUUAUAUAAUUUAUUCAAACAUCAAGGUAGCCUUAGUUUAUAGUACAAUUAUAUUAUCAUUAAGAUAUUUUUUAAAUUAUAACAGGUCUUUUAUCAUAACGAAUUUGAGUGCAUUUUACUCACUUUUUUUUGUAGUAAAAAAAAUUACAAGGCACAUUUAUUUAUUAGUAGAUAUAGAUAUAAAAAUACCCUGUCUUGGAGACGUUGGGUUGUAUUUUUAUUCUGUGAUAUAUUUAGAGGUGUAAAUAAAAAGGCUAGACCCCAAAGCCGUAAAGCCGAUUAAAGAAAAUGUAAAUAAAAAAUAUUGCAGUGGUUUGUUAGAAUUGCUAAAUUAGCGUUUAUUAGGCGUAUCAAAACAACUGUGCUUAUUUAUUGUAAAUAGGAAAUUUCGAAAAUUCUUGUUAAUUCUAAUGUACCUACCUACUUUGAAUCGGGGCAAUUUUGUUGCUUAUUAAUGAAGCUUUGGACGUUUAAAUGUUUUGUCUGCCUUACUAUAUAGCUAUAUAUCGAUAACUUAAUACCCCCAAAAAUUUAUAUUCCAUUACAGUUUUUUUCAAAGUUACAUUGCAAAGUUACCCCGAUUUAAGUUGAUAAAUAAUAAUGUUAAUAUCACAAUUUAAUGUAUUAAAAUAUUAUAACAUAAGAGACAUUUAAACAUUGUAGAUGGGCACAAUAUAAAAGUAAAAUUUAGUUGGCACAUUGAAAAACCACUCAAAAACAGUAAAAAAAUUGAGUGGAAAAACUUAAAAAACUGGAGUCGUUCAUGAAUUAUGAUUUAAAAAUGAAAAGGUACAUACAUCUUUAAAUGUUUUUAACAAACAUUGUUAAAUUAGAAAAUACUUGCUAUUACAAUAAGGCCGGCCGUACCUAUAUUCUCAGACAUUUUCUGUCACCUUUCUGUCACACUCACUCUGCGAACAUCAGAACUCAGAAGACGUGUACUUUCGAAAUCUUUUUACAGUCUGCAGGGUCUAGUAACACAGAAUACUUAAUAUUACCUUUUUGGUAUAGAAGGCUAACUCCACAGACGUUUAAAUAAAUAGCAACUCUUGUUGCAACGCAACAAUGAUAUUAGAAGAAAAAGAGGCAUUUUCGGUUGUUUCGUUGUUGGCAACCACGCUGGCGACUGAGCUCAGGUUUGCUAAUUAGCUUAGUUUUAACGUGCCACUUGCAAUCCGCGUAUAACUUAUCUACCUCUUUUUGCUUCUAAUAUCAUUGCAACGCAAUAAAGUGCAAUUCAGCUAGCACAGCAUUGCAACACAAGUUUAACAAACGCCUAAUUUUUUAUCGCUCUAAUCUCUUUCUCUCUCUCGUUCUUAUGAGAUGGAAGCGGAUCGGGCGAUCGGUCGGCGGCGCGGCGGCGCAUCUCGGAUUUUUUCAAAAUUUUCUGAUAAAAUAUGCGGCCAGCCUAAAUGUGUUAAUGAUAUAAAGAAGAGAAUGAUAUGUGUCAACUGACAACACAUGGUACAUAAUAUUUACAUUUAGAGUUAUAUAAAAUGUUGUCUUAAAUAAAGAAUCUAAGCUGUAUUGUACAAUGUUUAAUGCACUUAUUUAUUUUAUAUUGUAGUUUUGGAGAACGCACUGCCUAGCACUAGUUUUUAUUUGGCAGCUAUUUAAUUUUAAGGUUUUAUAAUGUACAUAGUUUUAACACUGAAGCAUAAUAAACACUGUUCUGAAUUUA